CCCUCUUUCCCUCGUUUUCUGCUCUCCCAACUUUUUUAACCUUCGUUUUCUUCUCUCUUCUCAUAAAAACUCUCAGAUCCCGUUCUCUCUCGGAUUCGCUCAAUUUAUGUCCUAAUUUGGUUCGAACCUGUCAUCUGCUUCGAUCUUCGGAGACUUGAGCAGCUUUGGCUUCGAGAGGUCUCGAUCUAGAUCGCGUUGAAACCAAAGAAAAGGAGGGUUUUUUUGUUUGAUCGUUCCAUUAGACGAAAAAUCGCGGGAAACCUACUCAAAUUUCUGGAUGUCUGGCGCCCGAGCUCCAAAUCGCUCGGCGCAGCCGUCGGGGCAGAUCUUCCAACAACGGCAACACCAACCUUUGAAGCGUCACCUUCCCUUCUCGUCCACGAAGCCACCAUUCGUACCGCCCGAUGAUUACCACCGGUUCUCUGAGGGGGUUCUUGACGAGGAAGCUGAAGCUGUAAUUGUUAAAUCUACUCCCUUGAAACGAAAGAAUGAAACAGAAGACUUUGAAGCUGAGUCUAGUGAGUGGACUACCAGUCCCGGAUACACUGAAGUGGUCAACAGCCCCAUCCGCACACCUGUAUCAGGAAAAGGGGGCAAGACCCAUAACAAAUCAAAAGUCUCAAAGCAAAGUAGAGCUGGGCCUCAAACUCCCAUGUCAAAUGCUGGUUCUCCUGGAAAUACUCUCACUCCACUUGGUACUUGUCGCUAUGACAGUUCUCUAGGUCUCCUAACAAAGAAGUUCAUCGAUUUGAUUAAACAUGCAGAAGAUGGCAUUCUUGAUCUAAACAAAGCUGCUGACACUCUGAAAGUACAGAAGAGGAGGAUAUAUGACAUAACAAAUGUCUUGGAAGGAAUCGGGCUUAUAGAGAAGAAGCUAAAGAACAGAAUACGUUGGAAGGGGCUUGAUGUCUCAAGACCGGGGGAGGUUGAUGAUGAUGUUGCUAUUUUACAGGCAGAAGUUGAAAACCUUUCCACGGAGGAGCAUAGAUUAGAUAAUCGAAUAAGAGAAAUGCAAGAUAAAUUGAGAGACCUCAGUGAGGAUGAAAACAAUCAAAAGUGGCUUUUUGUAACUGAAGAAGACAUCAAAGGCCUACCCUGCUUCCAGAAUGAGACCUUGAUAGCAAUUAAAGCUCCACAUGGAACAACUCUGGAAGUCCCUGAUCCUGAUGAGGCAGUUGAUUAUCCUCAAAGGAGAUACAGAAUUGUACUUAGAAGUACCAUGGGUCCUAUUGAUGUUUACCUUGUCAGUCAAUUUGAAGAGAAGUUUGAGGAGAUGAAUGGUGUUGAGGCACUUCCAAGCCUCCCGACUGCAUCAAUUUCAGGUUCCAAUGAGAAUACUGUAGCAGCAAUGGUCACUGCAGAGAGCAGAGGGAAAGAGAUAGAGCUGCAGGGACAAGAUGUGCAUAUGAUGUGCUCAGAUCUGAAUUCCUCGCAAGACUUUGUAGGUGGUAUCAUGAAGAUUGUACCCUCAGAUGUUGAUAGUGAUGCAGAUUACUGGCUUCUAUCAGAUGUUGGAGUUAGCAUUACAGACAUGUGGAAGACAGAGCCUGGUGUAGAAUGGGGUGGUGUGGAUACACUUAAUACGGAUGAUUUUGUGAUGGCUGGUGUCAGCACACCACGACCACAAACUCCACCAUCUGGUGUUGCAGAAGUGCCAUCUAAUGGUAACUCCAAUUAGAGAUGAUUGGGUUUUGCUGAUGGACUUGGUAAACUAAAUCUGGUAUUGUAGAAGUGCCAUCUAAUGGUAUCUACUAUCAGAGGUAAUUGGGCUAGGCUAAUGGACUAAGUCAACUUCUCUCAAGUCAUCAGAGCCUCUCAUGUGCAUCUACCUUUCUUGUACUCUAUUAAUGAUUCAACUAUAGAGAUGGAAUUUGACAAUGCAUAUGGGAAGACAACUCUCAGAUCCCAUGGGAAGUCACUUCAAGAUGCCAAGAGGAUGUGGACAAUAGCUAGUCCAAUGUACAGUUGAGUAAUAUAUUUUGAGACCUGUGAUUCAGUGAUGAAUAAAAUCUUUGUUGUUGUAAGC